AUGAAGGUGUCUGCGGUUGUGGCGGUGACCUUGGUGAUGACUUUGGCUCCAGCAGUACACGUGGCGAAGACUGGCUAUUGUCACCAGCUUUUGAAAAAGAUUGUGGGAGUGUUGAUGGUGAAGGCACUGGCGAUGGAAAUUGAUUUGGAAGCGGCUCAAGUGAAGGUGACUGUGGUUGUGGCUGAAAUGCUGGUGACUGUGGUGGCGAUUGUACCAGAAUAUCUUGAGCAUCCUUUGGAGGCGGCGGCGGCGGUUGCGGUGGUUGGCGAGGGACAUUUUGCCGUAAUUGGACAAGCCUAG